AUGUCCUCCCUGCGCUUCUUCUGCCAGCGCUGCUACCAGCCCCUGAAGCAAAGUCAGUCCGGGGAGACCCAGGGCCUUGACACCAGCCUAGAACCCGCAGCUCAGCAGGAGCCAGGAGACACUCCAGAGGAAGGCCCCACCUCCUCGGCGGAGACAGGUGUUGAAAAGCUACAGGCUGGUGCCUCUGGCAGGACUGGCCCUGGUGAUGGCAGGGUGUCCAGGCCCAGUUCCGGCAACUUCACCCUGGUUGGGGAGCUGGGCUCUGGGAGGACCCUCCACAGCAUCCAGACGUCCAUUCGGGGCACCUUCGACAUCCUUUCUGGCGAAGAAGAUCUGGACCAGCCCCUGUGUCAGGAAUGCACUGACCAUCUCUUGGAGCAUCUGGACACCCAGCUCAUGACCUCCGAGUCCGACAGUCAAGACUACAAACGCUGUUUGGAGACCAUGGAGAGAGCUGGUGGCGGCGAGGACGAGAGGGAGGCGCUGCAGGAGGAGCUGAAGGACGCGGAGCUGGAGGAGGCGCGGCUGGCCCAGGAGCUGGAGGAGGUGGAGGGGGACCGAGCGAGGGCGGCUGCGGCUCUGGAGGCGGCUCGGGCCGAGACCGAGCUGCUGGAGCGGCGGGAAAGGCAGUACCACCGGGACUACAGUUGGCUGCGGUGGCAGGAGCUGGGCCUGCUGGACGAGCUCCACAGCGCCGAGAACCAGCUGCGGUACGCCCAGGCCCAGCUGGCCUGGCUGGAGGAAACCGACGCCUGGAGGUUCGCGUUCCAGAUCCGGGAUGACGGCCCCGUGGCCAGUAUCAACAACUUCAGGCUGGGCUGCCUCCCCGCCGUCCCCGUGGGCUGGGGCGAGAUCAACGCGGCCUGGGGGCAGGCCGCCUUGCUGCUCCUGGCCCUGUCUCGCAAGGUCGGCCUGCAGUUCCGGAGGUUCCGGCUGGUCCCCUGCGGGAACCGCUCCCACCUGCAGUGUUUAGGCCAGGACGCCCCUGAGCUGCCCUUGUUCUUCCACCAGGGGCAGAGCGGUCCCUCGAGAAGCGCGUCUGACCGCGCCCUGCUGGCUUUCCUGGACUGCAUGACGCAGUUCAAGGAAGCGGUGGAGAAAGGCGAGGAGCCGGGGGUCUGCAUGCCCUGCCGGAUGCAUGCGAGGCGAGGCCUCAUAGAGGAGCCCGGGGCCGGCGGGGAGUGCUACUCCAUCAGAACCCGCUCGAACACGGAGGAGCGCUGGAGCAAGGCCCUCAAGCUCGUGCUGACGAAUUUCAAGUGCAGUCUGGACUGGGUCUCCUCGAGGUACCGUCAAAAAUAA